AAGACUAGUAUAAAGGUAACAUAUGCACUUUAGCAUCACACCAUUCUCUAAGCUUGGUGCUGUGCGAACCAUUCUGUAGCCUGAAUGUUUUCAUCUCCAUAGGUUGAGAGACUUAUCGGAGACAGAGACUCUUUGAGUUUUCCCAAACACUUCAAAUCAACCAUGGAUUCUCUGGCAAUUGAAACAGGUCAUCAAGAAAUCCAUGACGUUGAGAGGAAUGGGCAUGCUGGAAAGGCUCAGUGGGUGCUCAAUGCUCCUGAGCCACCUAGCCUGUGGCAAGAGCUCACGGGUUCCGUCAGGGAAACAGUUUUGCCUCAUGCCAGGAGAUUCUCAACUGUCAAGGACAAGGGUAGCCUUUCCAAGACUGUAAUUUCAUUCCUGCACACAAUUUUUCCUAUAUUUUGUUGGUGCCGGAACUACAAGGCAACAAAUUUCAAGAACGAUCUGUUGGCGGGUCUAACUCUCGCUAGUCUCUGCAUUCCUCAGAGUAUUGGAUAUGCAACUCUAGCAAAGCUUGAUCCUCAAUAUGGCCUCUAUACAAGUGUUAUCCCGCCUCUCAUUUAUGCUGUAAUGGGAACUUCAAGAGACAUAGCAAUUGGGCCAGUGGCUGUGGUUUCACUGCUCUUGUCUUCGAUGAUUCUGAAACUAGAAGAUCCUGAGGCUAAUCCAAUUCCUUACAGAAAUCUUGUUCUUACCACAACCUUUUUUGCAGGAAUUUUCCAAGCAGCAUUUGGACUCUUCAGGUUGGGUUUCCUUGUGGAUUUUCUCUCCCAUGCUGCAAUUGUUGGGUUUGUAUCAGGGGCAGCCAUUGUCAUUGGUCUUCAACAAAUGAAAGGGCUACUUGGGAUUGCUCAUUUCACAACUAAGACUGAUGUUAUCUCUGUAAUGGAAGCUAUUUGGAGAGCAGUUCAUCAUUCUUGGAAUCCCCAUAAUUUUAUACUCGGAUGCUCAUUCUUAACGUUUAUUCUAAUAACCAGAUUUGUGGGUAGAAGGAACAGGAAGCUCUUCUGGCUGCCAGCAAUUGCUCCUUUGAUAUCAGUUGUUUUAUCAACUCUUCUAGUUUACCUGACAAGAGCAGAUAAACAUGGGGUAAUGAUUAUAAAACACAUUAAAAGGGGCUUAAACCCAAACUCAGUCCAUCAGUUACAGUUCAAUAACCCACACAUCGGAGAAGUGGCUAAAAUUGGGCUAAUAGUCGCUGUCGUCGCACUCACUGAAGCAAUUGCAGUAGGUAGGUCUUUUGCAUCCAUAAAAGGAUACCACAUCAAUGGAAACCAAGAAAUGGUUGCCAUGGGAUUUAUGAACAUUUUGGGAUCUUUCACUUCUUGCUAUGUUGCAACUGGUUCGUUCUCGCGCAGUGCUGUCAAUUUUAGUGCUGGUUGUGAAACAGCUAUGUCAAAUAUUGUGAUGGCCAUCACAGUGAUCAUAUCCUUGGAAUUGUUCACAAGGCUAUUGUAUUACACUCCCAUUGCAAUCCUUGCUGCAAUCAUUCUUUCUGCUUUACCUGGACUCGUUGACCUUCAUGAAGUCUACAAUAUCUGGAAAAUUGAUAAGCUAGAUUUCCUUGCUUGCGCUGGGGCCUUCAUUGGGGUCUUAUUUGCUUCCGUGGAGAUUGGUCUCCUAGCUGCGGUGACGAUAUCUUUUGUGAAGAUUAUUAUAAUCUCAAUCAGACCAGGCGCGGAAGUACUUGGAAGACUCCCUGAAACUGAUAUAUUCUGUGAUGUUGAUCAAUACCCUAUGGCUGCUAAGAAUCCUCAGGUCCUCAUAACCCGUGUUAAGUCUGGUUUGCUUUGCUUUGCUAAUGCAAACUUUGUCAAUGAAAAGAUAAUGAAAUUGGCAACUGAAGAGGAAGAGGGCAGUAAAGGGAAAAGGACUAUUCAAGUUGUGAUUCUUGACAUGUCCAAUUUAACGAACAUUGAUGUAUCUGGAAUCGCUUCUUUGGUGGAAUUGCACAAGAAUCUUGCCUCGAGUGGAAUGGAGCUAGCCAUAACAAACCCUAAGUGGCAAGUGAUUCACAAGCUAAGGGUAGCCAACUUUGUGACCAAAAUUGGAGGAAGGGUCUUCUUGACAAUCGGAGAAGCUGUGGAUGAAUGUCUGGGCGCCAAAAUGGCUGCUGUUUAAGCAUGUGACUUCCAAUUCUGCUUUCUUUUAUCUUGUGAGUGUGAUCUAGUCCCCUGUGUCUGUGUUACUGGGACAUAAAUGAAGCUUCAUCUCCUCUACCUUCCUCUACCUAAUCCUAGCUAGGGCUCAAAAGUGGAAGUCCACGGCGGAGGUAGCAGCAAAGGUGAUUGUGAAAGUAGUUAAGUUGUGAUUUUAUGUAAGAAAGAAAUGUAACAUAAACCAUGACCUUUGUGAUAUGAAUGUUUCUAUCAAUAAUUUUAAACUCUUGGUCUUAUAA